AUGUCUGGGGGCUUUGACAUACUUGCAAUGAAAGAAGAUGAUGUUACCAAGAUGUUAUCAGCUGGUGUCCAUUUGGGUGAUUCCAAUGUUAACUUCCAAAUGGAACAGUAUAUUUAUAAAGUGAGAUCAGAUGGUGAGUACUGCUAUUAUCAUCUCCGCAAGACUUGGGAGAAAGUCUUGCUUGCUGCACGAGUUAUAGCUACUAUUGAGAAUCCUGCUGAUAUUUGUGUUAUUUCUAAUGGAAACUUUGGUCAGCGUGCUGUACUUAAGUUUGCUAAAUAUACUGGAGCAGCAGCACCAGUAUCAGGACGAUUCACUCCUGGUACGUUUACCAAUCAGAUCCAGAAAGCUUUUCGUGAGCCACGCCUCUUAGUAGUGGCUGACCCAAUUACCGAUAAUCAACCUAUAACUGAGGCCUCAUAUGUAAACAUACCUAUUAUUGCUUUCUGUAAUACUAAUGCUCCAUUGCGCUUCAUUGACAUUGCCAUUCCUUGUAAUAACAAUGGUAAGCAUUCUCAAGGACUCAUGUGGUGGGUUUUGACACGAGAAGUUCUUCGUUUGAAAGGCUCAAUCAGUCGUGACAUUCCUUAUGUAGUGCCGGAUCUAUUCUUUUACCGAGAUCCUGAAGAUGUUGAGAAAGAAGAACAAGCUAAAGCAGAACAAGAAUUAUUACAGCAACAAGACAACUGGGGUGGCACUGCCCCUGAAAUAAUCACAGGAGAGGAAUCGUGGAACGAUUCUACUUUAUCUACUUCAAAACUAUCUCUGAGUUUGUGUUGUCUUGCUGGGGUUUCAAGAAAUGGGAGUGGUUUAUCAGUUUUCGAGUCACUGGAAUAUGAUGAUCUGGUGAAUUGA